AUGUCAGUUUUGGGAAAGCCUACCAGGCAGCAUAAGAAUGUUUUGCCAAAUACUUACAUCCCGCUAUUAGAUCACAAAACUUUGUAUAACAUCAUAGAUCGACUAUCAAAGAACUCCAUUCUUCAAUUCAUAAUCCUAUGGACCAAACUUAAAAAUACACAACCAAAACCACCUACUAAAUACACACGACAAGGAUUCAUCAAUAAAAUUUUGAAAGAAGUCAAAGAAUUUCAAAAUGAUUUUAAUCGAAUACCAAAACGUAGACUUAUUGAUAAAAUAAUUUAUGAAUAUUGGUCUCAAGGUUUGAAUUUAUUACAGAUUUCACAAAUUGAUUGUCAAUUGAUUGUUGACAAAUCAACUAAUGCUCCACCAUGGGUAUACUCGACUGUGAAAGAUAUGAAUGAUGAAAAUGUACCUAUUACUAUUAAUCCAUCGCAAUUCUUACAACUGUUGGUUGAAAAUUUAACUAAUUUAUACUUGUCUUACAUCUACAUUUGUAAACAUCCAAAACUACCAAUCAUACUCAUUAGAAUACAGGUUUUUGAUUUGAAUGGAAUGGAUAUAACUCAAAAACCUCAUAUUGUAUCAUAUAAACCAUAUUUUUUUGGUAUACUUGUGAAUUCUCCACAUAUAAUUCAUUCGAUAAAUAACGAUGUCAUGAUCCAUAGUAUAGUAAUGCAAGUGUUUGAAAGAAGUCUUCCCCAAAGCCAUCAAAAUUUAUUGAAGUUACUCACUCCAGAAAACCAAUUCCCAAUUAAAUCCAUUGAAUCGAUGAAUAUUCUUAAAGGGAACAGCAGGUUUGGAAAUAGUUUGGGUAUCUGGACUCCUUAUGCCGAUGGAACGGUUGAUAUGCUACCACUUGGAGCAAUUGAACACCAUCAAGUAUUCAAACAACAAGAAAAAGAAGAAACUCCGUCAGAUGACGAGAAUGUAGAGGAUAUUAAAUUAAGAAGAUUGAAGAAAAUAGCUAAUCUUAGAUUUAAAGGUACGAUAACAGGAAAUGUGCUGCUGAUGAAUAAUGGAGAUAAUAAAUCACUGAAUGGUCAAGAUUAUCAUGGAAAAGAUGACACUGAAUUUGAUUCUAUUGCUCCUAUACAAUAUACCGAAUUUACGAUUAGGGAAAAUACCAAGUCAAGUAGAUUAGAAAGAGGUCUUAAUGAUGAUGGAAGAACGUCUAUUCGUUUCAAAAUCACAGGUUCAGACGUUUUUGGUGGUCUACAUGAAUUAUCAGUACGAACAACUGAACAAGAUAAGAUGAUCUUAAAUCCAGAAGAAAUCCCUCAUUGGUUAACUGGAGAAGAAGGGGCAUCAUUUGGUGAUAUCAUAGAUGGUACUUUUAUUAAACGGUAA